AUGGACGUGGAUAGAGAAGACUAUCGCCAAAAUCAAGUAUCCAUUCAACGUUCAUUGAGUCCUGUCCAACGCGCCUCCUCCGUGCCGCACCGUCUGCCGCAUUUUACGGUCGGUUAUGUCUAUUCUCAGGACAUGAUGCUCCAUUCAUCGGCAACUGGAGAGCAUCCGGAGCAGCCAGAACGAAUAUCAAGAAUCCGAACGGCAAUUCGCGACGCGAAUUUAUUACAGAAAAUGAAACAAAUCCCGAUUCGACCUGUAAAGCGAGAUGAAGUCCUUCUUGUCCAUUCUCAAGAACAUUGGCACAAGGUCCUUGCGAUUCAAUCAAUGACACCGUCCGAAAUUUUUGAAUCAGAAGCUUAUUAUGAGUCCCUAUCUCUGUACGUUACCAGUGGUACUACCCGAGCUGCGCGCUUGAGUUGUGGAGGCGUGAUUGAGGCCUGUCUCGCUGUAGCUCGUAAUGAGCUGAAGAAGACCUUUGCAAUAGUACGACCCCCCGGGCACCAUGCUGAGCCUGAGGAGCACAUGGGUUUUUGUUUUUUCAACAAUGUCGCUGUCGCUGCAAAGGUCACACAGUUUCUGACUCCAGUCAGAAAGAUCUUGAUACUCGACUGGGAUGUACAUCAUGGUAAUGGAACACAGCGUGCUUUCAAUGAUGAUCCCUCUGUUCUGUACAUCUCGUUGCAUCGCUACGAGCGAGGGCAAUUUUACCCGUGUGGACCAUUUGGCAGCAUGGAAUCUUGUGGUGAAGCGGCUGGCCUCGGCUACUCCGUCAAUAUACCCUGGCCGAAGAAGGGCAUGACAGAUGCGGAUUAUAUCCACGCCUUCCAACAAAUCGUGAUGCCAAUAGGAAUGGAAUUUGCCCCAGAUCUAGUGAUUAUCUCUGCUGGCUUUGACGCUGCUGUUGGGGAUGAUCUUGGCGAAUGUUUUGUUUCUCCAGCGGGAUACGCACACAUGACACACAUGUUAUCGGGGCUUGCUGGUGGAAAGUUAGUUGUCGCCUUAGAGGGUGGCUAUAACCUUGAUUCGAUAUCUAAUUCUUCUCUCGCAGUCGCUCGCGUACUUCUCGGCGAGGCUCCUCCUGAACUCCCUCCUAUGGUUGCGUCUGAGGCAGGGACAGAGACAGUUUGGCAGGUUGCUAUGGAGCAGAGCAAAUACUGGAAGAGCGUGAACCCAAAGGCCUGUGAACCACGCGAAGAGGUCGAUGAAAUAUCAUUCUCAAUCCCAGAAAUUCUCAAGGGCCACAGACAACACUUUCUCUACACGCAAUACCAAAUGCUCCAGGUUCCAUUAAUGACCAAGAUGUUUGAAGAGCGUUUCGGCUCUCAAGUUAUGUGCACGAAUGACUUUUUAGAAAAUCCUACAAUUAUUGUAUUUGUCCAUGAAUUUGGAAAUUUGCGCAUAGAACUAGAUGGAAAGCCUACGUGCGAUGUGCAGAUGGAGAACUCUUACCUAAUCGACUUUUCGAAGGAACUCAUUUCAUGGAUUAUGAAGGAAAAAUAUGCCCUGCUCGAUGUCAAUGUCUUUCCGAGACCAUUUGCCUCGCCUCUGCCGCGCGGCCACAAACACGUAGAGUCGUGGACACGGGACGUUCUUACAUACCUAUGGGAUAACUAUAUACAGCUUUCAGGAGCGAAAAAUAUUGUCUUCAUUGGACAUGGCCCCGGCUGUCAUGCACUUAUGGAGCUUAUGGAGAGCCGUCCGGUUGGCAUGAUUCGCUAUGUCAAUACGGUGAUACAGGUUGUGGGAAACAUAAGCAUCCCGCUGAUACCCAAGGACGCAGAUGAGCUCCGAGCAUGGUAUUCUAAGAACUCGGUCGUAAUUGUCCAUCCAGAGCACCCAGCGUUUGCUCCUGAAGCGAGGAUUCUAAAGAGGCAUGGUAGAGUCCUUCAGAUCGACGAGAGCAAACCCAUCAAGCUCAUUAUGAAAGGGCUCCCUUUAAUUCAGGAGUAUGUCAGACAGUCCCUCGUAGGAAAGCCGCAAUAA